UUAUCAUCAACUCCAGCUUUAGGAGAUCGGUCUGCCUACCCGUACACAGUCCGAGCCUACCCGAGUGAGAAGGAACGACUAGUGGGCGGGGCUGCAUUUAUUAAGAAGAUGGGGUGGAAGCGAAUCGCAUUCAUCUUCGAGGAAAACGCCUUUUUCCCAAACCAUACGAAAGACUUCCGGAAGAUUUUGGAAGCUGAUGGGAUCAAGGUAGUGGCGUCCGAAGGAGUGAAACUGAUGAGUAUGUUGCCAGUACAUCUUCAAAACCUAAAGCGUCAAGACGUCAGAAUUAUUUACACUGGAUUCUCCAACAGGGCCGCCGUACUGAAGCUUUUCUGUCAGGCCUAUAUUGCCGGCAUGACUAAUGCGAAGUACGUGUGGAUACCGCCCUACUGGACCACCUACCCGUGGUGGAUGAACAACCCCCCGUCGGCUACCGCGCCGUGUAAGCCCGAGGAGAUCAUUGCUGCUGCUGAUUCAACCAUCCAUUUCAACCUCAAUUACCGCUCGCAUCAGGGCUUAGGCCUACCAGAACUGGACUUCAAUGGGUUGAAACCUUUGCCGGAGCAUUACGACUAUUACAACAGCAUCUAUCCCUUCAGUAACAACAUCAUACCACUGACGCAUGACGGCAUCAUUUCCGUAGCACUGGCCUUGAAUUCCUCCAUAGCGGACUUAAGACGUCUUGAGCACCACCGAAGACUUGAAGAUUUCAGCUACUCCGACACGGAGAUGGCGGGAGUGAUAUUAAGUCACGCAGAUAAUAUGGAGUUCCUUGGAUUAUCGGGGCCAGUUCGCAUUGAGAAUGGACAGCGCAAAGCAGAUACAGUCUUCAUCGACCAGGCUCAAGAUACGAGUUUGAAUAACGUCAUGUUGUACAAGAUUCGGGAGAAUAUCGUGGUGAAUUCGGGAUUUGCUGAUAUCAAGUGGAGAGGUGGCCAUGUUCCAGUGGAUGGUGCAACGAUAAGAUAUGUGGUCCUAGAGGUCUCGUCUACCGUACGGGCGAUUCUCUUCUCCCUGGCCUCGCUCGGUGCUGUCCUGGCCUUGGCUUUCCUCUUCCUUAACGUUAGAUACAAAAAUAGAAGGGCCAUCAAGAUGUCGAGUCCUCCCCUUGGUAACCUGACUGUGGUUGGUUGUCUGCUUCUCUACGCCUCGGUCUUCGCCACAGGAUGGGACAAGAAAGGCUUGUCGGAUACGGCUAUCAUCGUCAAGUGUCAUCUGGAGAGGGUUUUAGUCUCCCUCGGGUUGUCGUUUGCUUUCGGUGCCAUCUUCAUGAAGACGUACAGGAUCCACGCCAUAUUCACUCUCGCAGUGAAGAGAUUUAAACGAAUUCACUUACCGGACUGGAAGCUCAUUGGUGGAGUUCUGACGGCUGUGUUCGUGGAUUGCGUAAUUUUUGCCGUGUGGAUUGCCUUGGACACGACGACUGUUGCCAGUCGAUAUCUUGAGCCCCGGCUUGACACAACGGAUCCAGAGAAGGAGAUUUUCAACGUUCCAAUGAUCAGAUACUGCAGCAGUGAGCGUGCUCAAUACUUCACCAUCGCCCUCUACGGCGUGAAGGGAAUUCUCUUGACCUUUGGCCUUUUCUUAGCCUGGGAGACAAGAAAUAUUGCCGUGUCUCAACUCAACGACAGUAAAUACAUCGCCGCGUCAGUGUACGUCGUUGUCUUGACAAUAGCUCUAGCUGUGCCAACAAUGACUGUCCUUGGUGACGACGUCACUAUGACGUUUCUGGUUCUGGGGGCAGCCAUUGUGGUCGUCAACACGGCGGUGCUGUGCCUAAAUUUCAUCCCAAAGGUGUACCUGCUGGCCUCAGUUGAUGAGAAGACCAUUACUCUGAGCAUGAUGCAGUCCAAGGGUUAUGGUGAAUCUGUGACUACGAAUACCUGCCGGUCAACGGAGAGGGACAAUAUCAGCGAACUGGGAGGACUUCAAGAAAAACUUAAGCAGAGAAAGGAAAAACUGCUGAUCUUGGCCAAGGAUUUCCCGGUCAUAGGUUCUGCGGAUAUAAUUCAAACAUGAUCGUGUUUUGGCGUAUUAUAUAUCCUCGUUAACGAAACCAAAAACCUUCACAUGAAAGUAGUUACUACUGUACAGUCGUAUCCACAUGUGAAAAGUAUAAGUUGUUUAUUUAAACUUACAAAUCUAUAAACCUUUGGUUGAUAUA